CGGUGUUUACUAUUUAUGAUUUUGUAUUUUCGUUAAUUUUUGUAAUUAUAAUAUAUAAUUAUUAUAUCAUUUUAAUCGUGGAAGAAUGUUUUAUCACAUUGCUUUAGAACAUGAUGUUCUGCUUCAUCCCCGAUACUUCGGUCCUCAGUUAUUAGACACUGUAAAACAAAAGUUGUAUCGUGAAGUAGAAGGCACAUGUACUGGAAAAUAUGGAUUUGUAAUUGCUGUAACACAUAUUGAUAACAUUGGUUGUGGAUUAAUUCUACCUGGACAAGGAUUUGUUGUAUACACAGUAAAAUAUAAAGCUAUAGUUUUUCGACCUUUUAAAGGCGAAGUUUUGGAAGCUGUAGUUACUCAAUUAAACAAAGUAGGAAUGUUUGCUGAAAUUGGACCACUAUCUUGUUUUAUAUCUCAUCAUUCAAUACCAUCAGAACUACAAUUUUGUCCCAACACAUCACCUCCCUGUUACAAAUCAAAAGAAGAAAACAUAGCAAUUCAGCCAGAAGACACUAUCAGAUUAAAAAUUGUUGGAACACGUGUUGAUGCAUCUGGAAUUUUUGCUAUCGGUACAUUAAUGGAUGAUUACUUGGGAUUGAUCCAUUGAAAAAAUAAGACUCAUUCGGAUAUCAAUUUCUUUUCCAACAUUUAUUGUAAAAUUUUUAUUAUUAUUAAUUUGUUUAAAUAAACUUAAUUAUAAUUUUUUAA